CGCUUCGCGGUUGCUGCCCAACGUCCGGGCCGCACCUCUGAGGCGGCUAAGGCCGCGCAAGAGGGCGACACUCGACUCUACCCGGGCAGCCCCGCCCCCUUCCCCUCGCCACCUUCCAGACGCAGCAUAAUCCGGUCGGCCUUGCCCUCUCUCGCGCGUCCCGCGCUCCGCCCUGCGACUAUCGGCGCUGGGUCCCGCGCCCGGCCGUCUCCGCCCUAACCCUUAGGCCCAUGGCCAAGCGGCGUGCGGCUGAGCCUCUGACGUUCCACGUGCCUUGGAAGCGGCUCCUGCUCUGCGACUUCACGGAGGAGCCGCCGCCGCCGUCGCCGAUUUGGAUCCCGCCGUCGGGGCCCUCGCAUUCUGGGCUACCGCGAAAGCGCAAAAUCGACGCAGGAGCCAUGUCAGAGCCUUCGGCUUCGCCCAGCAAGCGCCGCGACAGCGGGGACAGCAGCGCCACGAGCGGCGGGGAGCGUGAGGGCCGCGGCCUGGAGACGGGGGAGCCAUCGCUGCCGCUGCUGCCGGGAGGGCCCCGGGGGCCAGGGGAGGAGCCCCGGGACGUCCAGCCCCCGGGGGGCGGUGGUGACGACGGGGCGGGGCGCACAGGGCCCCCGCGGGAAGACUGGGGGGCCACACCGCUCCAGCACAAUGAAGAAUUUUGGCAGUAUAAUUCUUUCCAGUACUGGAGAAAUCCUUUACCACCUAUUGAUCUGUCAGACAUCGAAGAUGUGAGUGAAAACAACCAGACAGAACCAACACUUGAGGGCAAGAAUGAAGUGGUUGAGAUUGACAUGGAGUCCUGACAUAAAGAGCUGAAGAAAUGGGAUUUCCUGAAUUUGAGGAGACAUCUCUUAAGUGAAUUCAUGUAUUUUUUAGGAAAAAGUUGUUUUCCAUACUUGAUGUAGUAUCAUUUCCAAACCUGAAAAAUGAGGAAAGGUUGUUUUGAAGAUAAAUGCCUGUAGUUGCUACUGACCUACUAAUAGGGAUUUGUCAACAAUAUAGCAGAGUGAUAGGCAAAAUAUUUAUGUAUAUAUUUUUAAAGAAGCAAGUUUUGUUUAGGUUCUGACUUUUAAGAAACUGACCUUACAAAAAAGGAUUCUAGAAGUUUUAGGAAUGCAUGGAAAAUACUCAAAUCUUUCUCUCAUCUGCACCAAAAAGUUUGUGGCUCAUGAAUAUCAUUUUAUAAUAACUUAUUAAUAAAAUAAUUUCUAAUACA